AUGGAUUCCUUUGGGCAACCCAGACCAGAAGAUAACCAGUCAGUAGUCAGCAGAAUGCAAAAGAAAUACUGGAAAACUAAACAGGUCUUUAUCAAAGCAACAGGAAAAAAAGAGGAUGAGCACGUGGUGGCAUCUGAUGCUGAACUGGAUGCUAAACUUGAGGUUUUUCACUCCAUUCAAGAGACAUGCACUGAACUUCUGAAGAUAGUCGAGAAAUAUCAGCUAAGACUCAAUGUUAUAUCAGAGGAAGAAAAUGAGCUAGGGCUCUUUUUAAAGUUUCAAGCAGAACGGGAUGCAACUCAAGCUGGCAAAAUGAUGGAUGCCACUGGCAAGGCACUCUGUUCUUCAGCCAAGCAAAGAUUGGCCCUGUGUACUCCCCUGUCUCGUCUUAAGCAAGAAGUAGCAACAUUCAGUCAGAGGGCAGUAUCUGAUACCUUGAUGACGAUUAAUCGAAUGGAGCAGGCACGCACAGAAUACAGAGGAGCUCUGCUGUGGAUGAAAGAUGUAUCCCAAGAACUGGACCCAGACACCUUAAAACAAAUGGAAAAAUUCAGAAAAGUACAGAUCCAAGUGAGAAAUAGCAAAGCUGCUUUUGACAAGUUAAAGAUGGAUGUUUGUCAGAAAGUGGAUUUACUUGGAGCUAGUCGCUGCAAUAUGCUAUCUCAUUCACUCACUACCUACCAGAGAACACUGCUUGGAUUCUGGGAGAAAACAGCUCAAAUGAUGUCCCAAAUCCACAAGGCCUGUAUUGGCUUUCAUCCAUAUGAUUUUGUAGCUCUGAAGCAACUACAGAACACACCAAGCAAGCUUACUGAAGACCACAAAGAAGAACAAAUGGAAGACAAUUUUCUUACUGAAAACCUCAAUAAGUUAGUUUUGUCAGAUGAGGAAGCGAGCUUUGGGAAUGAACCAGAUUACAAGGAAAAACAUUUUCAAAUGAGAGAAUUUAGAGCACCUCAGUUUUCUAACUCUGAAAAUGUUGCAAAAGAUCUACCUAUAGAUUCACUGGAAGGAGAUGAUUUUGAGACGGAAUUCUCAUUUCUGAACAGCCUUCUAAGUCCUGGUUUUUCAAGUACUGGUGAAUUUACCCAAGAAUGCCAGACUGCUUUUGGGAGCCCCAUUGCCAGUUUCACGUCCCAGGAGCCUUCUGUGGGGUCUGAGCCUCUUGCUCAUUCCUCUCGAUUCCUUCCCUCACAACUCUUUGACCUUGGCCUUCAUGCUGCUGGAGCUUUCAACAGCUGGGUCUCCCAAGAAGGAUCAGAACUUCCUCUUUCACAUAUUGAUAACCAGCCAGUGCCUUCACAGAGUCAAAAGAAAUUAACAAGAUCCCCCAACAGUGGUAGUCAAGACAUGUCAGCCUGGUUCAAUCUAUUUGCAGACUUGGAUCCUCUUUCAAACCCAGAUGCUAUUGGACACUCAGAUGAUGAACUUCUUAAUGCUUGA